GGAGGCCAGUUCUCUAGCUCCAGCCGCCGUCGCCGCUCCCUGUGUAGUUGCAGCCGCGGCCGCCUCCCGCCAGCUCGCUCCGGGGAAAGAGAACGCGCGCGAGCUCGGGCGUCCCCGCCCCAGCCCUUCCCGGAGCCAUGAAUCCCAACUGCGCCCGGUGCGGCAAGAUCGUGUACCCCACGGAGAAGGUGAACUGUCUGGAUAAGUUCUGGCACAAAGCAUGCUUCCACUGCGAGACCUGCAAGAUGACACUCAACAUGAAGAACUACAAGGGCUACGAGAAGACCCCCUAUUGCAACGCACACUACCCCAAGCAGUCCUUCACCAUGGUGGCUGACACCCCGGAAAACCUCCGCCUCAAGCAACAGAGCGAGCUCCAGAGUCAGGUGCGCUACAAGGAGGAGUUUGAGAAGAACAAGGGCAAGGGCUUCAGCGUGGUGGCAGACACACCCGAACUCCAGAGAAUCAAGAAGACCCAGGACCAGAUCAGUAACAUAAAAUACCACGAGGAGUUUGAGAAGAGCCGCAUGGGCCCCAGCGGGGGCGAGGGCCUGGAGCCUGAGCGCCGAGACGCCCAGGAACGGCAGCAGCUGCCCCACCACAUCCCAGCCAGCGCCCCGGUUUACCAGCAGCCCCAGCCGCAGCAGGUGGCUCAGUCCUAUGGUGGUUACAAGGAGCCUGCGGCCCCGGUCUCCAUACCACGCAGUGCCCCAGGCGGGGGCGGGAAGCGGUACCGCGCUGUAUAUGACUACAGCGCCGCCGAUGAGGACGAAGUCUCCUUCCAAGAUGGGGACACCAUCGUCAACGUGCAGCAGAUCGACGACGGCUGGAUGUAUGGGACCGUGGAGCGCACCGGCGACACAGGCAUGCUGCCGGCCAACUACGUCGAGGCCAUCUGAGCCCCCGGCCCUGCCCCGCCCCCGGCCGUCUUCAGUGCAUUCCACGCCAUUGCAUCUGUCCUGGGCGGACCUGUCCACCCUUCAGUGUCUCUGUUUUUUUAAAUCUGCGACAGCUUGUUUAUUCCCACCCUCC